AUGUUAAAUAAUUGGUGUUGUUUUGAUCAAUAAUUUGGUGAAACAAUUUGUCCUUGGGAGGAUUUGUUCCUACCUCUUAUUUGAGAGGUGGAUUUGGAAAUUAUGCCAAUUCGAAAUUUGUAGAACUCUAAGUUUAGUAGACUUUGACAUGUUACAUGGUCCAAUUAUGAUUUUCAGUUUUGAAGUAGCCAACAAAACAAUGAUAGUUCUUAGUGUCUGAUAUUUGGGAUAUGAACCACUGUUUGGGCAUUCGUUUGUUAAACAGGCUUAACAAGGUAGAAGAGUACCCAACAUUUCCCAUCAUUUGUAGCUGUUCCAUCAGUUGCAUCUGGCAUUAUCAAGGACAGACAUUCCUGAUGAUCCCUACAAUUGUUUCUGGCCUGAUUUUGAUGAGAAGGCGAAGGAUGAUGGAGGUUUUUCCUACUCACUUAAGGAAACUCUGGAAGGAAUGGGAGCUCAUUGGGGCAGCUCUGUUCAGCCUUACACUUCAAAUAGUUCUCAUUUUAUCCGGCAAUUGCAGGAAGUAUUGCAGAGCAACUUGGGUUAGAUUUGUUGCUUGGUUUGCCUACAUGUUGGCUGACUCCGUAGCAACAAUUGCCCUUGGCAUCCUAUCAAAUGAUCUGGGGCAGAUAUAUGAUGAUGGAGGUCAUAUUAAUGGGGCUAAUGAGCUCAAAGCAUUCUGGGCUCCCUUUUUCCUGCUGCAUUUAGGUGGUCCGGAAACAAUUACAGCCUAUUCCUUAGAAGAUAAUGAGUUGUAUCUCAGGCACCUCUUUGGGCUAAUAGUCCAGACAACUGCUACACUUUACAUCUUGUUACUUGCCUGGACAAGUUCGAAUCUUUCUUACCUAUCCAUUGUAAUGAUACUGGUGGGCUCCAUCAAGUAUGGGGAGAGAACAUUGGCCCUAUGGAAAGCAAGCAAGAACAAAAUCCGAGAUAGUAUCCUCCCUGCUCCAGAUUCCGACCUAAGAUAUACUAAACUUAUGGAAAAAUAUGCCAUAAAAGCGGCGGAGGGAUAUUUCGUGGAAAUAAUAGAGAUGAAGGAAAGUAAGGCUAACUUGGAUGUAGCAGUGCCUGAAAAUGAACAUGAUUUAGUCAAAGCUGAUGCCUUAUUUCAGACAUUCAAGAGUUUGUUUGCAGAUCUAAUAAUUAGCUAUCAUGACCGGGACAGAAGCCAAGGUUUGUUCGAGUGUAUGUCUCCUAAAAGCGCUUUCCAUGUGAUUGAGAUUGAACUAGGAUUCAUGUAUGAUCUGUUGUACACAAAGGCACCGGUUAUUUAUUCUCCCUGGGGUUUUGUUCGACGCUUCAUCACUUUCUUCCUCACCUGCCUAGUGUUUACGUUUUUUAUCCUUGAUGAUAAGUUCAGGCGUAACAGGACUGAUUUUGUGGUCACUUUACUUUUGCUUGUUGUAGCUGUUUGGCUAGAAAUAUAUGCAGCUCUUGUUGUCCUUGUCUCGGAUGAAACCAGAAUUUGGUUGAUUAAGCGUUGGAAGAAGACUUGCACUGCACAAUCAUCAAACGGUUGUUUUGAAAAAUGGUUCAAGUGGCUUAAGGUGAAGAGGUGGUCAAAGUCCAUGGCACAAUACAGUCUAUUACAGCUUAGCCUUCAGGAAAAAUAUAGCAUUAGUAUAAUUGAAGAAUUUCGUUAUAAAAACUACGAAAAGUUCACUGAGGAAUACAGAAAGCUGAUCUUUGACCAUGUCAAAGAAAAGUUUGACAAGUUUAAUGAGUUGGAAAAAAGGAUAAAACAAGAGGCGAGAAGCACGAGCACACUUGAUGCAGCUAUUAGGGAGAUGUGCAGCCAAAGGGGUAAAGACAUAAUUGAGAAAUAUCAGAAAAUGAAACGUGAGGUUGUUCUUGAAUGGAGUGUCCUUGAAUGGAGUGUAAGUGUUGAAUUUGACCAAAGCAUCCUCAUCUGGCACAUGGCUACAGAAAUCUGCUACUACACUUCAGAAGACCUUUCUGGUUACGUCAAAUCAACUAGAGAUUUCAGUCUGCACAUGUCAAGAUACAUGUGUUAUCUCCUAGUCAUUCGUCCGUCCUUGUUGUCUGACAGGAUUGAGAUUAUGAGGAUACGGCACACUCGUGCUGAGGCCAUGGAAUUUUUCAAGGGGCAACGGCCUACCACCUCAGAUGAUGGCAUUGCAAGACAAGAUUGGGCAGCUACCCUCCUCAAACUUCUAAGAAAAAAAUGUUCCAGUGUUGUAGAUGUUGAAGAAAGAAGAAAAACGGCUUGCAAGUCAUUAUUGCUUGACGUGAAAACAGACGUUCCCCACGGCAAAGUCAAAGGCGAUAGAAGCAAAUCUGUGUUGUUUGAUGCUUGCAGGCUAGCACGGACGCUGGGUACUAUAUCAGGUCCAGAUCAAGCGUUCAAAUGGAAUCUAAUAAAAGAUAUGUGGUUGGAGCUGCUAGCUUAUGCCGCUUUUCACUCUAGGGAUAGUCAGCAUGGUCAGCAGCUGAGAAGAGGUGGAGAACUUCUAACCCAUGUGUGGCUUCUUAUGGCUCACUUUGGCCUCACUGAGCAGUGCCAGAUAUCUCCAAGCCAUGCAAGAGCCAGGCUGUUCACCGAAUAGUAGCAGACACAGGCAUCCUGUUUUAAAUUCUAAUUGAGAGAUCACAACUUCUCAUCAUCUGGACUGAGUUCUAGGUAAAUUGCUUUCUUCACAAUUUUCUCUUUCUCGCGUAUUAAUGUUGUUAAAUGCUAUGUGUAGAUUGACGACCCGACUUGUGUUGCUGCAACUUACAUGUGUUGCUUUGUCUUUUGUUGUAAAAAACAUCGAAACUGAUUGUUGUGAUAGUUUCCUAAUGUUUCCAUAAUCCUGACAUAGAUGACUAAUUUGUGCAUAAGAAAUCUUAGAAUUGUGG